AUGGACAAACCUUCUUUGAUUAGGAGGAGGCUGCCUCAGCUGUUCGCCGCUCUAUCGGCGACUCUGGGCGGCUUCUGUCUGGGCACCGUGCUGGGCUGGACGUCGCCCGCAGGCCCCCUCCUGAAGAAAGAGCUGGAUCUGUCAGAAGAGACCGUCUCGUGGUUUGGCGGGAUCAUGCCGCUGGGCGCACUGGCUGCCAUGGUGAUGGGGUCCUUCACGCUGGACAGGGUGGGCAGGAGGCUGCCUCUGCUCUGCCUGGCGCCGCCCUUCGUGCUCGGCUGGAUGGUGCUCUCCUUCUGCAAGGACGCGUGGGUUCUGCUUGUGGGCCGCUUCAUCACUGGCUUCUGUGGUGGCGCCUUCUGCACAGCCUGUCCUGUCUACACUGGAGAGAUCUCCGAGAAGGAAAUCCGCGGCGCACUGGGCGUCUGUUUCCAGUUCAUGGUCACUUCAGGCAUCCUGUAUGUUUACGUGGUGGGUAAAUGGUCGAACCUGAUGUGGCUGUCGCUGUUAUGCUCCAUCCCGCCCAUCUUAUUCUUCGUGCUGUUCUUCUUCGUGCCGGAGUCGCCGAUAUUUCUGCUGAGCCAGGACAAGACGGAGAACGCGACGAUAGCGCUGCGGUGGCUGCGUGGUGGCGCCAACGCCGAUAUCAAUGCUGACCUCGCUGAGAUGACCGAGACAGUGGCCCACGCAAGGGCGCGUAAGGGGAAGUUGAAGGAUAUGUUCGUCUCACACGCAGCAGGGCGUUGCCUGGGCAUCGGCUUGGGACUACAGUUUUCCCAGCAACUGUCCGGUAUCAACAUCAUUAUCUUCUAUUCUGUGUCCAUCUUUGUAUCUGCGGGCAGCAAAAUGGACCCCAGCGACUGUGCCAUCAUAGUCGGCGUCGUACAGGUGCUGGCGACCUUUUUGUCUACAGUGCUGGUGGAGUGUGCAGGCCGGCGAAUAUGGAUGAUGCUGUCCAUGACUGGCAUGGGCAUAUGCCUCCUCUUAAUGGGAGUGUACUUCAACCUCAAGAACAGCGAUCCAGAGACCGCACACAACAUCGGCUGGCUCCCCCUGCUGUCCAUGUGCCUCUACCUGCUCUUUUUCUCUCUAGGGGCCGGCCCCCUACCCUGGGUCGUCAUUGGGGAGAUCUUCCCAGGAGAGAUCAAGGGUAUCGCCGCCUCCAUUUGUGGUGGCACCAACUGGACACUCGCCUUCAUUGUCUCAAAGACAUUUGUCAACUUGGUAGGCGCCAUUGGGACUGACGCCACUUUCUGGCUGUAUUCUGGCAUCUGCUUCCUCGCCACCGUUUGGAUCUUCUUCCGCGUUAUUGAGACGAGAAACAAGACACUGGAAGAAAUCACGAAGGAAAUUAUUGGCGAUUAG